UUGAAGAAUCCAAAAUUUACGAAAUAUGAUUAUGACACUUUUCUUAUGCUUAAUACUUUUCAUAACAGUCCUCUUCUUCAAAAAACAGACCACAGGGAAGAAUUCAAAUCCUGGCUCUAUAACAUUUCCAUCCCCACCGAGACUUCCAUUGAUUGGAAACCUUCACCAGCUCGGCCGUCACGCUCACCGAUCACUAUGCUCUCUCAGCCAUUGUUACGGUCCUCUCAUGCUCGUCCACUUUGGUCGUAUCCCGGUUCUUGUAGUCUCUUCUGCCGAAAUGGCUAGAGACGUUUUGAAAACGCAUGAUCGUGUUUUUGCUAGCCGUCCACGGUCUAAAAUCACCAAGAAGCUUCUUUACGACGGGUGUGAUGUGGCCUUAGCUCCAUAUGGAGAGUAUUGGAGACAAAUGAAGAGUGUGUGCGUACUCAGUUUGCUCAGCAACAAAAUGGUACGAUCCUUUCGAGACGUGAGAGAUGAAGAGAUCAGUCUGAUGAUGAAGAAGAUCCGGAAGUCGAGUUCUUUGCGAAUGAAUCUAAGCGAGAUAUUGAUGAGCUUAACGAAUGAUGUGAUAUGUAGAGUUGCUUUGGGACGAAAAUAUGGCGGUGAAGUGAAUUUUAAAGAGUUAAUGAAGAGGCUUACAAGGCUACUAGGAGCUUUUAGUGUGGGGAGUACUGUACCAUGUCUUGCAUGGAUUGAUUUGUUGCUCGCAAUUCAGAGAGAGAAGAGCGUCGGGUUUGAAAUCGACCGGUUAAGCAUAAAGGCUAUCAUCUUGGUAAAGGGAUAUAAAGAAAUCAAAUUUAUAUUCAUUGAUGUUUUAGUUUAUAACCGUAGUUCUUGUUUUGGUUUACAGGAUAUUUUUGUGGGUGGUACGGACACAUCGUAUGCACUUAUGGAAUGGGUAAUGACAGAGCUUCUACAUCACCCAGAGUGUCUGAAUAGACUUCAAGAAGAAGUACGUAUGAUUUGUAAGGGCAAACCGCGUGUAUCAGAAAAAGACAUUCAAGAAAUGAAAUACUUAAAAGCUGUAAUCAAAGAGACAAUGAGGCUACAUCCUCCACUUCCAUUGAUGGUUCCUCACGAAUCAACUCAAGAUGUCAAGUUAAGAGGCUACCACAUACCUGCCGGUACAGAGGUUAUGAUAAAUGCAUGGGCGAUUGGGAGAGAGGCUGUGACAUGGGGACCAGACGCGGAAGAGUUUAGACCAGAGAGACAUUUAGAUUCGUCUGUUGAUUUCCGAGGUCAAGAUUUUGAGCUGAUUCCGUUUGGAGCAGGGAGAAGGAUUUGUCCAGCAAUAUCAUUUGCUGUGGUGUUGAAUGAGGAAGUUUUGGCUAACUUAGUGCAUCAGUUUGAUUGGAGAUUACCGGUUGAAUCUACAGAAGUUCGAACAGGUGUUGUUGAGUCAACUGGAAUAGCAGUUCACCGCAUGUUCCCUCUUUAUGCCAUUGCAUCAACUACUUGA